AAUUUUCUUGUCAUUUCAGUUUUCUAUGCUGGAGAUAAGUUACAAAAACACGAAUUUAUACUAAUGUGAAUAGACCAUUACAAAUUUACAACAUUGCAGUAAUGGUUGAGGCAAACACAGAUAUGAAGCUUGAUCCGUACGCAAGCACUGCCGCGAUAUCAAUUCCUUCGUUUGAACCCCUAACGGUAGAGUCAGACACUUCGCAUUUCUCACAGACUCCAAUGCGCAUAACAUCCGAAAUGAUCUACAAUCUGGACUGCGAAGCAUUGCGUCCAUUGGAUGAGGCAGAGAAUAAUCUGUCGGGACAGUCAGUUGAUGUCCAGAACGAAAGCCAAGAAUCUAGGACUUACUCACCACAAUUAAUGAUUUUGUAUGAAACAGGCGACAUCAAUAGUGCUCUGCGGAUCUUAAUUGAUUCCCUGCAUGAUCCAUUUAAUGCAACAGCAGUGGCUACUGUUCUUAUUGAGGAGGGAAUAAGGCAAGAGUUUGAGCAACGUGUAAUUGCUCAAAUGCGUACCCUGACAGAUGCUGUUUCCGAGCACCCGGCUUAUAUGAGAAUGUUACAGCGAUUAAAGGAGUUAAAUGUGAAUACUAUAGUGGCUGAAGAGAACGAGAUGGUUCCUCCGAUGGCUUCGCCUGUUUUGGUGUGCGAUUGCACACAUGAUGUGCUUGGCCUUGGCGUAACCGAUGGUCCCACUGGGGCCAUUACCAUGCACACCUUUAGCUCCACCAUGCAAGCCAUUGAAAUCUACCAAAGGGACACAGUUCCAUACGUGUCGUCUUGCAUUUGGAAUGAAACUCUUGAGGGGUCGUAUGAAUUGGUGGCUUCGAUCAACUGUAAGGUUUUCUUCAUCAAUUGCAAUAAGGUCGACUUGUCACCUAUAUCCAGAUCGCUUAAGGCAGAUGAUACAUUUGUGGUUGUAGCUAACGGAUUUCAUUAUGAAACUUUGCGCAUCUACGAACAGCCCAAAGUGAUUAUAUUUCCAAUCAGACACCAGAUUGUGAAUAAGCCAGACGAGAAAAAAGACGACAUCGGCUCGACCAUAUCUUUUUUGGAGGAAUAACGAUUUUAAAGCCCAAAAUAUUCUUUCAAUAAAAAUUUGUGCAGUUA